UUAUAAUAAUAAAAAGUAUUAUCAUUAUUUCCAUCGCUAUCCUCAUCUUUGAAUGCUACCUUUUUACGUACCAGAUCUCCAUCGGCAUCAUCAGUAACCUGAUCGUGUUCCCCGUGAACUUCCUGCUCAUCUUCCUGUUCCGUAAGUCACGCCCUCACCACAAGCGCCCGUCCCGCAUUGACCGAGCCAUCAAAGAGGUGCACCAGCAGAACAAGAUGGCUUCUGUCAACGAUGUCAAGCCGGAGGUGGGCAGUAUCUUUAGCGUGACCAAAUCUCCCAGUAUGCUACGUGACCCAAACAGACCGGCCUCGUCCAGUUCGUCCAGGCCCUGCUCGGCCAUGAGUACAGGCAAAGAGGAGCUGGUCGGAAAGAAGAAAAAGAAGUUCGAGCUGCCAUGGUACUUCACUAUCAUUGCCUGGGUCGUCCUUUGGGUCGUUACCCUGGGAGCUGCCGCCAUGGUUACCUUCUACGGCAUCAGCUUCAAAGACGAUAUCUGUAAGAAGUGGAUCUCCUCCAUGCUCGUGUCUUUCUUCAUGUCUGUCUUCAUCACACAGCCCAUCAAGGUGUUCCUCUUUGCGAUGAUCCUGUCUAUCAUCAUCAAGAACCCAGCAGAGGACAAGGAAGAUGAAGAGGAAGAUGAGGAAAUGCCGCACAUGGACCAGGAUAACGAGCUCCUUCAUGGCGACAUGGCUG